AUGGAAAAGGACAAGAACAUCAACAAUGAUUUUCCAUUGGCAGAAAUACUAGUGAGAUUGCCUAUAAGAAGCAUUGCGAAAUCCAAGUCGGUGUGCAAAAGAUGGAAACUGUUAAUAGAAUCUCCCGUUUUUCGCAGUCUAUUUGUGUCUCUACACAAAAGUUCGUCAUGUUCAUGGUCGCUCCUAACCAACGACUGCUUCCUGUGGUAUCGCAUUCGCAGUCCUGUGGAAUGUAUAGCCUCGUAUGGAUGCAAGAGAUGGGGGCUUCCACGACCUCUAAGCUCUUAUAUCUGGUCUCCUCCAGUCCUGGAUUCGAAAUUCGAGAUCGAGUCAUUACAGAUUAGGGCUUCCGCUAGCGGGUUACUUCUGAUCCAAGUCCUAGACAACAUGUAUUAUGUUGGGAAUCCAGUGUUGAGUAAAUGGGUUAAAAUCCGUCCUUGCACAACUCUUUCAUUAGAAAAUUAUUACUACGCCAAUAUGCGCGGUCUUGUCACACGUGAAGAAAAUGGUGUCGUUUUGGGGUACAAGGUGGUUCAAGGGUAUACAAGCGUUCAAGGAAGAUCAUUGCCUAGCUUUCAAGAAGGAGCAACAAGGCUUAGCUUUCAAGUAUAUUCUUCUGAGACAGGGAAAUGGACAUGCGAGCACGUUGAAUGCGGUUGUCCCUUAACUUGGUCAACUUCUGGUAUCGAUUAUCCCAUUAGUUUAAACGGAAGGCUUUACUGGGUCGAUCCUGGACUUAUUGACGGUGUGUAUCCAGGAGGCAUGGUGGUCCUUGAUUUUUACAAUGGAGGAGCCAAACAGUUUCAUUAUAUAUCACUUCCAGGGAGAAAAAUGAGUAUUCUUGAAACCUAUCAUUGGUCUACGCGGAGAGCAUGCAGUACCUCAGGAGGAUUUAUCGUGUAUAUUGAUGCGAUUCCUAUAAACCAAGAUCAUAGGCUAAAGAUUUGGAAGCUUAAUGAUUUGUUGAUAUGGGAACGUUCAUGGGAAAUCAAUUUAGAAAAUGUGGAGUUUGGUAUCGAUUCUCUACCAUUGGCCAUGCAUCCGUUUGAUACGCAUAUUCUCUAUUUGAAGAGCCGUGAGAAAAAGUGUUUAAUGUCGAUUGAUUUGCGGACGCAAAAUUCUACGCUCCAUGAAGAUUCGGAAUAUCAAAGUUACGACGAGCGCUGCGUAAAAGAAAAUACAUUUGAUGAUUUAUUCUUGUUUCAGCAGUAUGUGCCUUCACCUUGGAUGGAUGAUGUCCCACGACCGCCUCCAUGUGAUCACUGUGGACGACCCUAG